CCUGUCAAGUCCGGAAAUCGAGAUUAUGCUCUAUUGCCAGGCAAUGUGCCUAAUCCUGCUUAACAUUGCUUACGUUUCCCGGAGCCAUCUAACAAUGCCAAGUGAAAAGGUGCCCAACAAAGCUCCUGAUUUGGCUUGGUUGUAUGAGCCAAACAAUGAGAAAAGGGAGAUUGGAGGAGAAGCAUCCGGCGCAGCGGGAUGUGAGGGAGUUCAAAGAUCUUGUGGCAUCAACCAGAAGGAUGCCAAGAGCAAGGCCUCCAGCAUUGCAGUAAAGGCCGCCCAGGAUGCGAAGGCGGCCAACGACGCUCAGGUGGCCGCCGGAGAGGCUGCCUCGAUGCAAGUGAAACUGGAACUGGCCGACAAGGCCGUCCAGGCGGCUCGAGCGGCGGAGGCUGCGCUCGCCGGCAAGCAGCAGAUCCUGGAGCAACUGGAGCUGGAGCAAAAGGAGUCGGAGGCGGUGGUGGACGAGGUCCAGAACUCGCUGCAUAGCACCCAGACGAACGCCGAUUCCGCCGUAGUGGCUGUCUCCGAUGCCAAGCUCCAGUUGGAUCAACUGAGACUCCUAGUGAAAGAGGCCACCGCUCAGCUGAGCAACAUCGAAAUGUUUGCCAAUGGCGCCCAGAUGGAGCUGGUGGAGAAGUCGCAGCUUUUGGAGGCGGCCAAGCGACGGGUGGAGGGCAUCACCAGGCAAGUGAUGUCCGCCAGGCAGGAUUUCGAAAAGACCAAGAAGGCGGCCUAUAAAGCAGCCUGUGCAGCAGUAGAGGCCAAGCAAAAGGCCCAAAGGCAGCAAAGGGAGAUCAGUUCUGCGUCCUCCACGAGCUAGAAAAGAUUAUUAUAAGGCUGGUGAUCUUUUGGUAGCGAAGGAAAGAGAAGACAUUUAAAAUGGUUUAUACUGGUGAUCAGAAUUUUAGAUUAUUUGUAGUUGCCAUUAAAUUAAGAUUUGUUUUUAAUCAGCAAAAUAAACAAGUGGACUAAAA